UCAUUCGUUUUCAGCGAGCAGCGCUGUUUGCAAGAAUAAUUUGUUAAUUUGUUAAGUUAUUUCUUAUAAAAUAAGCUAAAGUUUUUUGUUACACCAUCUUCAUUUUGUGCGUAUUGAUUUGUUCGGAAAAUUUUCCUGAAAGAUGUCCAGUCCAGCACGACCAAGCCGUGGACGCCGCGAGAAUGGUUCGCAGAACACCCCGCUGAAGCAGACAACAUCCAACAAUGAAACGGAAACGCCGCUGCGGAUGGGCAGCCGCGCGCCCGAUGCCAACGUCGUCGUGGAGAAUUCGGACAACGUGACCGUUCCGACGUCUCCGGCGGUUGAGCGGGGCUCUUCGGCGGGAGGUAUGGCACCGCCCACGAGUCCGUUUGGUGCUGGAAUUGCCGGAAGCAACGCCGUUGGAAUGAGCGAAAUAGACAUCAGUUCGCCGUUGAAUUACGGAACGCCCAGCUCAUUGGGAUCGGUUCGUACGCCACGGUCUGGGAUUCGGGGAACUCCGAUGCGUCAGCGGCCCGAUUUGAGGGCGGAUCGACGAGUGCGGCAGGUGAAUGUUGGGUCGGAUCAGUUGGAGCCGAUUGCGGAGGGCAGUCAACCUUCGGAGGCGGAAUCGGCCACGCCUAGCCAGCCAAAGUUGGUCGUUUGGGGAACGAACGUGAUCGUGUCGGAUUGUCUGCGCAAGUUCAAGGACUUUAUGAUGCGGUACAUCGAUCCGGACGCGGCCCAGGAUGAGAUUAGCGAGGGGAUGAAUUUGAACGAGCCGCUGUACAUGCAAAAGUUGGAGGAGAUUCAUACGCUGGAGGAGCCGUUUUUGAACAUCAACUGUGCCCACUUGAAGACCUUUGAUGAGGGACUGUACCGGCAGUUGAUUUGCUACCCGCAGGACGUGAUUCCGACGUUUGAUGUGGCCGUGAAUGAGAUGUUCUUCGAGCGUUAUCCGGCGGCCAUUCUUGAGCAUCAGAUUCAGGUGCGGCCGUUCAACGCGGAGAAGACGCGUAGCAUGCGGGCGUUGAAUCCGGAAGAUAUUGACCAGCUGAUUACGAUCAGUGGAAUGGUGAUUCGUACGUCGAACAUAAUGCCGGAGAUGAGAGAGGCGUUCUUCAAGUGUAUUGUGUGCGAUUUCAGCACGGUUGUUGAGUUGGAACGAGGUCGGAUUGCGGAACCGACGGUGUGCUCGCACUGUAACACGAACCAUUGCUUCCAGUUGAUUCACAACCGGUCGCAGUUUGCCGAUCGUCAGAUGGUGAAGCUGCAGGAAGCUCCGGAUGAUAUGGCCGCUGGACAGACUCCGCACAACGUGUUGCUGCUGGCUCACGACGAUCUGGUAGACAAGGUUCAGCCGGGAGAUCGCGUUACAGUGACUGGAAUCUACAAGGCGAUGCCGAUUCAGGAAAAUCCGCGUCAACGCCAUGUUCGGUCGGUCUACAAGACGCACAUUGACGUGGUUCACUUCCGCAAGGUGGACGACAAACGUCUGUACGAGCAGGAAGAGGGCAAGGAUCACAUGUUCCCGCCGGAGCGAGUUGAACUGCUGAAGAAGCUGUCCCAGAAGCCGGACGUGUAUGAUCGUUUGGUGCGCACGAUCGCGCCUUCAAUCUACGAAAACACCGACAUCAAGAAGGGAAUUCUGCUGCAGCUGUUUGGCGGAUCGAAGAAAAAGCAGGCCACUUCCGGUCGGCAGAACUUCCGAGCGGAAAUUCACAUUCUGCUGUGCGGCGACCCGGGUACUUCCAAGUCCCAGCUGCUGCAGUACGUGUACCAUUUGGUUCCGCGUGCGCAGUACACUUCCGGCAAGGGAUCCUCCGCGGUAGGUUUGACUGCUUACGUCACGAAGGAUCCGGAAACGCGUCAGCUGGUGCUGCAAACCGGCGCGCUGGUCCUGGCUGACAACGGAGUCUGCUGUAUCGACGAGUUUGAUAAGAUGAACGACUCGACCCGCAGCGUUCUGCACGAAGUCAUGGAACAACAAACGCUCAGUAUUGCAAAGGCCGGUAUCAUUUGCCAGCUGAACGCUCGGACGUCCAUUCUGGCCGCGGCCAACCCGUCUGAAUCGCAAUGGAACAAGAACAAAACCAUCAUCGACAAUGUUCAGCUGCCGCACACUCUCAUGUCACGGUUUGAUCUGAUCUUCCUCGUGCUGGACCCUCAGGACGAGGUGUUUGACCGGCGUCUUGCGUCUCACUUGGUUUCGUUGUACUACGCCUCGCGGGAAGAUGACGAGGACAGUCUGUUCGACAUGAGCGUGCUGCGCGAUUACAUGGCCUACGCCAAGGAACACAUCAACCCGAUUCUCUCGGAGGAAGCCCAACAGCGGCUGAUCCAAGCGUACGUCGACAUGCGCAAGGUCGGUGCCGGUCGCGGCCAAAUCUCCGCUUACCCGAGACAGCUGGAGAGUCUGAUUCGGCUAUCGGAAGCGCACGCCAAGGUGCGCCUUUCGGAGACCGUUGAAGUGGUGGACGUUGAGGAGGCAUGGCGGCUGCACCGUGAAGCGUUGAAACAGUCCGCCACGGAUCCGCUGUCGGGCAAGAUCGACGUGGGCAUCCUGACGACCGGAUUGUCGAGUGCGGCGCGGAAAAAGCGCGCCGAACUGGUGGCCAGCAUCAAGGAGAACCUGAAGCUGAAGGGCAAAAUCUCCACGCUGCCGUACCAGAAGCUGUUUGGCGAGAUUAAGGAGGCGUCGCAAGUGUUGGUGACCAAAGAACAGUUUGAGGAUGCGCUCAAGGAGCUGCAGGGAGGUCUAAUCGUUAUCGUUGGAAACAACACCAUCAGGAUAUGUUGAGGAGAACCGGCGGCACGUGAGUUCAAUCUCUGUUCAGUACCUUGAAGAAAGUGGUUUGAGUUUCUUUUUUUUACAUUUUCAACUUUAUACAACAUUCAGCCAUUAGUUUGUAACGCAUAAAGUAUCGUAAAUCGA